GAGCUGGGGCGGGCUGGGGCACCGGGAACCGGUGUGUGCCCCGUGCCGGGCCGUGCCGGGCCGGGGGGCGCAGCGGGGGGCGGCGGGGAGCGGAGGUGAAGCCCCCGUUAUCCCCCCCCCCCCCGCCAACCCCCCGCUCCGCCAAGGGAGGCUUGUGCAACGCGGCCGGGCGGUUGGCAGCGAGGUUCCUCUUGCCGGUGGCUUCGGCUGCGCAACGGGGGGGCGGCUACCGGGACCCCAGCCCCUGCCCCGGGCACGGCACGGCUGGGCACGGCUCGCUCGGAGGAUGGGCUCGGUGCCGGAGGAGCUCAGCCUCGUCCCCCUGCACCGGCGGCCGGAGCUGCUGGAGGCGUGCGCCGAGCUGCUGGCCGACCAGUGGGGCAAGAGCCGGGCGCUGCGGCUCCACGCGCUGCAACGCUCCUCCGACGCCUUCCCCACCUGCCUGGUGCUGCUGCGGACCCCGGGCUCUGCCAAACCCGAAACCCCACCGGGGGAACCGUGCCCGCUGGUGGGACACGUCCGGCUGUCCCGGGUGGCCGGCCAGCCCCGCGACCUCUUCGUGGAGAGCGUGGUGGUGGCCCGGGCGCUGCGGGGCUGCGGCUACGGGCGGCGGCUGAUGGAGGCCGCCGAAAACUACGCCCGCGCCCGCGGCUUCCAGCGCCUGCAUCUCAGCACCCACGACAAGCAGCACUUCUACGCCCACCUGGGUUUUGCCCUGGCCGAGCCGGUGCAGAGCGUGCCCUUCCUCAGCCCCGCCAUGCCCGCCGAGGCGCUGCGGGCAUUCGCCGCCCCCGCCAGCCCUGCCGCAGCCUCCUCAGGUGGACCCGCAGCCCCCCGACCCCCUCUGCCUCCUCCUCCUCCCGCUGCGCCCCCGCCGCCCCCCCUGCCGCCCCCAGCCCGGGCGGGGGGAUCCCAGGCUGAGAGCUGCGGGCAGAGCCUCCUGGAGACCCCGCACCGCGACGCCAGGGGGCUGCCGGUCUUCUGGAUGAAGAAGGACAUCUGAGGGCGGGGGGCUGCACGCCGCUGAUUAAAAAGCAAGGGCGGGCGGAGGCAGGUGCCCCCUCCCCGCUGCCUGGCUGCUGUUCUUA